GAAGAAAGCAGGUUGCGGUGCUCAUGCUAACACAUUAACUCUGCUCAGAUGGCAAACAGAACAGUUAAAGAUGCGAACAGUAUACACGGCACCAACCCACAAUAUCUGGUGGAGAAAAUCAUCCGGACUCGAAUAUACGAGUCUAAAUACUGGAAGGAGGAAUGUUUCGGUCUGAGCGCCGAGCUGGUCGUCGACAAAGCGAUGGAGCUGAAGUAUGUCGGCGGCGUUUACGGUGGAAACAUCAAGCCCACUCCCUUCCUCUGCCUCACGCUGAAGAUGCUGCAGAUUCAGCCCGAGAAAGACAUCAUCGUAGAGUUCAUAAAAAACGAGGAUUUCAAAUAUGUUCGUUUACUCGGAGCGAUGUACAUGAGGUUAACUGGCACCGCUGUGGAUUGUUAUAAAUACCUGGAGCCUCUUUACAACGACUACAGAAAAAUCAAAAGUCAGAACAGAAAUGGAGAGUUCGAGUUGAUGCAUGUUGACGAGUACAUAGACGACCUUCUUCAUUCAGAGAGAAUGUGUGACAUCAUUCUGCCGAGGCUCCAGAAGAGACAAGUCCUGGAGGAGGCGGAGAUGUUGGACACACGUAUCAGCGCUCUGGAAGAAGACCUGGAUGAGGUGGAGAGCAGUGAUGAAGAGGACGAGGAAGAAGAGAAGUUGGAGAGACUCCAGACCCCUGAACCCCACAGGCGCGGUUACCGUGACAACGACAGACCUCGCCGCUCCCCGUCACCUCGCUACAGACGCAGCCGCUCCCCCAGACGGAGGAGCAGAUCUCCGAAGAGGCGAAGCCCGUCUCCCCGGAGAGACCGCCAUCGCAGCAAGAGCCCCCGCCGCCACCGCAGCCGGUCCCGAGACAGGCGCCAUCGCUCCAAGUCCCCAGGUCACCACAGAAGCCACAGACAUCGCAGCCACUCAAAGUCUCCAGAGAGGAGCUCAAAAAAGAGUCACAAGAAGAGUCGAAGAGGAAACGAGUGAUUUUUCUUUACUUUUAUAUCUUUUCCUUUUUGUAAUUUGAGUUUUUCUGAUAUUUUUUUGAGUUAAUUUCAGUUUUAGACAUUGGACCCCUGAACCUGUCUGUGACAUAUUGCAAAAUGUAAGCCGGUCUGUGUACAGUCUGUGUAGCCUUCAGCAUCGUUCUGUGGUUAAACUCACCUGAGAGAAAUAAUCUGAUAAUAUUCUCCAAUUUCAGGUAAUCAUGGCUGCUGUUGGUAACUUUUGGAAACAUGUAAAUGUUUAAUAAAAACUGUUUCUGGAUGUCCGUAAUGAAUUUCACACAGAACAGAAAUAAAGACCUUUUAUUCAUUAGACAUGAGUUUUUUAUGAGGUUUGAUUGAUUCACGAUUAAUGGUAUAAACCCCCUUUCAUGCUAAUACUUCACUAAAUUGAAAUA